UAUAUUUCCGGGUAAUUUCAGUGUUAAUGCCACAUCAACAUGGAGGCAGUUUACAGUGCACCGUAUUCUUUACUUGAAUGUCCCAAUUUGAAAUUAAAGAAGCCAACAUGGGUGAAGCAGCCUUCUGCUAUGGUUGUAUUUGGAUUGGUCCUAACUUCUUAUUUUCUUGUGACAGGAGGUAUAAUCUAUGAUGUGAUUGUUGAGCCUCCCAGCAUUGGGUCCACCACAGAUGAGCGUGGUAAUUCUAAACCUGUAGCCUUUAUGCCAUACAGAGUGAAUGGCCAGUACAUUAUGGAAGGUCUGGCGUCCAGUUUUCUAUUUACACUUGGUGGGUUAGGGUUUGUUAUCCUUGACCAAACCAACAAGCCCCUGAUGCCGAAACUGAAUCGCUUGCUGCUGAUUGGAUUUGGCGCUGGCAUUGUGGUCAUCACAUUCUUCACAUGCAGAGUUUUUAUGAGAAUAAAAUUACCAGGGUACAUGCAGUCCUAGGAAUCUACUGUAAGAUAAGAGAGAGUGUGUAUAUGAAAAUAACACUGAAUUUCAUUAUGAAUGAUAGUUUUACAAUUAGUCAGCACAAGUUUUUUUUAUUGAUGCCUUGGUUGAGAGAGGAAGAGCAUUCUAAAUAUAGUUGUACUCUUGGUGUUAAACUGCUUGAACUGUGUUACAUCAUGAUGCUUUAUGUUUAUCUCCAUUACAAAACAAUAAACCUUUGUUAUUUAUA